UGCAGUGAUGAUUGAUGAUGGCAAAGUGGAAAUAUGACCAAAAGGAACCUCAAAAGAAGGCAAGUGAUGAAAGUGGCCAUAUAAUUGAUGGGUGCAUGAACCAGGAACCUCAUCCUCACCCUCAGUUCCUCCUCAUCCACCCUCAAUCCUUUCUUUCUACCUCACCCAAAUCUCUGCCUCCCUCUCCGUCUCAUUGUUCUUUCCCCAUUUGACUUCUGUUGCUUUCUUCUUCCUCAUCCUCCACCCUUUUUCUUCCUCUUUUCGCCAAAGCCUGUUCCAUCUAAUCUGAAGUUUGCAUCUUCGGCCCAAAGGUUGUAGCUUUCGCUCUCUGCUCCACCAAAGGUUGCAUCUUUGUGUCAAAGUUUGCAAUUUUGUGUCUCCUUGACGGCCUCAGGCGUUCUUCCACCUCUGACCGCAGCGAGUGCUUUUCUCCGCCCGAGGGUUUUAGUUGUCUGGGGUUGCUUUGCAGCGGUGGGGGAUUUCUCUUGAACCAUGAUUGUGGAGGAGAGGAAGGGGACCAGGGAUCAGUUUCCUGUGGGCAUGCGCGUCCUUGCGGUGGAUGAUAACCCCAUCUGCCUCAAGUUGUUGGAGGCCCUGCUAGUCCGCUGCCAGUACAAGGUUACUACCACUGAUAAAGCGAUCACGGCGUUAAACAUGAUGAGAGAGAACAGAAACAAAUUUGAUCUGGUUAUCAGUGAUGUGCACAUGCCGGAUAUGGACGGCUUCAAGCUACUAGAGCUCGUAGGCCUCGAGAUGGACCUUCCAGUUAUCAUGUUGUCUGCGAACGGUGAAACCCAAACUGUGAUGAAGGGAAUCAGCCAUGGCGCUUGUGACUAUCUGCUAAAGCCAGUGCGGAUCGAGGAGCUGAGGAACAUAUGGCAACAUGUCAUUAGGAGGAGGAAGUUUGAAAAAAGUUGCGGUACCGAUUCUGACAAUAGGGAUGAUGGCCUGAAGGUUCUUGCAAACUCAGAAGAUGGCCAUUGGGUGGCGGAUGACCACAAUGGAAAAAUCACCAAGAAGCGGAAGGACCAGAGCGAGGCAGACGAAGAUGAUAGUGAAGACAACAUAGAGAAUGAUGAUCCAUCUAGCCUGAAAAAGCCUAGAGUCGUGUGGACAAUUGAGCUGCACAGGAAAUUUGUUGCUGCUGUUAACCAACUGGGCAUUGACAAGGCUGUACCAAAGAAAAUCCUUGAUCUUAUGAAUGUUGAGAACCUAACAAGGGAAAAUGUUGCAAGCCAUCUACAGAAAUAUAGGCUCUAUUUGAAGAGGCUCAGUGUGGUGGCAGGCCAACAAGCGAGCAUGGUUGCAGCUGUAGGAGGUAGAAACUCAUCGUACCUAAAUAUGGCUUCUUUGAAUGGUUUCAGAAAUUACUAUGCAAUUGGGGGAUCAAGACAACUACCGACAGUAGGAUCUCUUCAACCAACUGGAGUUCUUGGUAGAAUGAACAGUUCAUCGACUCUAGCAAUGCAGGGGCUACUACCUUCCCCAACGGUUCAGCUCUGUGGAAUGCACAAAAGCACAAGCAAUCCUUGUAACACUGAUUUAGGAAGGAUUCAAGGGAUUGUAGCGCCAGGCAACCGCCAAAUGAAUUUGUUGCACGGAGUGCCUUUGAAUUUGGAGCCCGAACAAUUUCCACAACUCAAAUUGCUGCAAGAACCAAGAAACCAAUUACCUGCUGGCUUUUCGGAUUCUGGAUUCACUGUUGGUCCUAAAAGCAAUUCUUUUCCUAUUGGCACUACCAACCCUCUGUUUGUUCAGGCUAAUGAGCAGCACAAUCGAACAGGAGGAUUGCAAAAUUACUCAGUCAAAAUGUCUCCCUCAAGUUCAGAGCUUCUCGAUUUCGACCUUCAAGAUAUUUCCCAGUUUACUUCUAACAAUAGAUCUGGUGACGGCUCAUGGCAGGGCGCUUCAGGUUCAACUGAAGAUCCUACUAGUUCAUUGUCAAUCCUAGCCCCUUUCGGUAAUAUUGCCUUGUCUUCUGCGAACAUUGGAGCAAAUAUUUCUUCAGUAACUACUCAUGCAGUGACCAAACCUUUUGACGAAUUUGCAAACACAAUGGCUGCUCCACUGCAUGAUGCAAUCACAAAUAAUAAUAUCAAUAAUCAUGUUCGUUCACUCAAUGGGAACACAAUGGCCAUGCCUCCGGUGCACGAUGAUUCAAGACCGUCUAAUUUCAGCUUGGACAACUCUAUUCAGAGUUGGGAUUAUUCCAUCAAUUCAAAUACUGUCUCGAGUCGUUACUCAAAUCCUUUGCUAUCCAAACUCCGAAAUGAUGAAGCAACUGCCCGGUUUCACUCUUCGGGCAUUGCAGUUGGUGAGAAAAACUUGGGUGCCACUGCAGUAGUACAAGGAAACUUUGGCACUUCGCUUGUCAGACAAGAUUGCAUGAUUGACAGGUCCACUGUUGACGGUCAGCUGAAAUUUAAGGGUGGAUAUGAAUCGGAGAACUCAAGAUUGCACAGUGGCAUAAACUCCAACGGUUCCUGUCUGGCUGAUGUGGUGAAUUCCAUGGUUAAACCAGACGAUGACAUGCUAUUUGGGGAUAUCGACAUGGGGUGUGAUCUCUACUCGAUCGGUGCUUGCAUGUGUUCUCUUUGGACUUGAGUGAUUAUUAUGUUUGAUGGUAGCAGAGCUUGUUUAUGUUUAUUGUUCUAGUUUAUCUCUGUUUUUCAGAAAGAAUCUGAAAUUCUGAACGAGUAAUGUAGCUGAAUUGUUACUUCUAUAGUGAGGCCUGGGAACAUCUAGCCUAGA